UCUAGUGGGCCUAGAUGACCCAACUCCCAAUGUCUAAGUGCCUAGGAUAGAACAAGGGUUACAGCCAUGUAUGAAAAAGAGUAAGACUUGGAUUAUUGUUCUUUUCAGUCCUGGCUGUCCAAAAAAAACAACCUUGAACUCGACCUGCAAACAAUCUGCAGACUGUGGAGGUGGGAGGAGCAGUUUUCAAAUCACCUGGAAAACACACAAUUUGAGAUUUUCCCCUGAUCAGUUUUUCAUUUCCUCAGUUUUUCUCUUCCUUGAUUCCCUCAUCAGCUGCAAACAACACUUAAAACCAAUUUGUGUUUUUAACAUGGAGACCUUUAAUGGUGCAGAUGCAGCACACAGUCUGAGCAACAGCAUGUUGGUGGUCUGCAUACUCCUUCAUGAAGGAAAAUCAGUGUUCUAAAAGAAAUCUCUAAGUUAAUUUUUAAUUUGUGCUGCAAAACAGGUCCCUCAGAAAUAUGCCAAAAAAUCUUAAUAAAUUUUCUUUAAAUGACAAAAAAAAUCUGCUAGUGAGGUAAUAAAAAUGGGCUAACCAAGAAUUCCUAUUUUAUUAAAAUAAUCUAGUCAGAGACAUGUUUUGUCAAACUAAGAUUCAUUUGAUGAUGUUGGAUUAGAAGGCUGGGCUCACAGUCUUUGCUUGAAUUCUUUCCAAAGUUGCUCUGUUGGGUUAAAGUCAGGACUCUGUGCAGGCCAGUCAGGUUCUUCUAAACAGAACCGUCUCAUUCACGUCCUUACAGGCCUUUGCUUUGUGUCGGGUGCACAUUCAUGUUGCAACCAGAAAACACCAUCCCCUAAAUCAAAUAAUUGUCAAAGAUCCCUUGGUAUGUUAAUUCAUUCAGAGCUGCUUUCUUUGGAACUAACACCAGUGACUGAAAACCAUCCAACACCUCCUUUCACCAAACUUGAAAUUUGGCACAAUGUAGUCAGGCAAGUACCAUUCUCCCAGCAACCAAAAGAAAAAAACAAAGUUUGGUUUUACAGAUUUCCAGAGACAGAGGUAUGGUUGGUCUGUCCCCCUAAAGAACUUCUCCUCCUCCAGAGGUCUUAAUUAAAUAACAAAAAAGUGGCUGAAACGUUAUAUCACGAGAUCAAAAUGACAUUUCAAUCAAUGAAAACACAAAAAAAUAUAGUUAGUAAAGAAAUCUCGGCAAAGAAAAAAGCUUUGCUAAAAGUAAAAACAGUGUAAACCCUGAUGUCAAACUGACAUUGCAAAACUGAAAGUAAACAGAACCUGGAAAUACAUAUGAAGUCAACACAUGUAUAUAUAUAGAUCCAUGUUACACUAGCUUUUGGGUUCACUCACUAAGUUAGAGGCACCAGAAAUACCAUAAAACCAGAUCAGGAUUUCAACAUGGCUUGAGUUAAACAAUAAAAGUCAGUUAUGUUAACUUUAUUGUCUCUACAAGGUCACACCUGAAUGAAACAAAAGAAAAAGCCAUGGCGAUUUUAAAAAGAAAGAUGGAAUGUAAAGAUAGAUGGAAUUUAACUGCCACAAGUGAGUCACUUAUUAAGUAAAAAAUUAAUAGAGUAAAAAGAUAAGAGUAAAAAUAUUGUGCCAUUAUAGAUGUUCAGACAAAGGUGCAUUUGUAUAACAGAGUAUAAUAGUGUGCCUGUGUGUGUGACAAUACAAAAUAGAGGCGAAACUUGGGUUUCUUUUAUUCACACCGAAGGACAUUUGAAACCCCAAACUCUAAAGUCCCACCUGGCAAGCCACAAGUCUGUGCAAAGACUGACAUACCAGAGAGGGGUCAGCUGUUUUAGUUUAGUUGUUAGUACUGUACUAAUCUGAAUGAAUCAAAGGCUUGUGUCAGUGGAAAAAUACAGCACGGAAGUGGCAGUACCACAUGGCGUUACUGAGCCAACAACUUGUUCAAGUGAAACAGCAUGGAGUGAAAAGCGAUCCCAAAAUAAUUAGAAAGAAGAGGAACUUGCUAUUUUUUCUGCUGUGGUCAUACUCUGCUGUUUGUGUCGAGGUCUUGCUCAGGAUCCAGCUGAAAGGAAUAUAGAUCAGUUUGCUGUGUGGCUGGAAAAAGCUCUGCAGGGGAGAGCUGUUUGCAAUGGAGGGGGAACAUCUCAAAGGGACCAGCCACAAGGCGCCCAGUCAAGAAAACCGCCUGGUGAAGAAAAUUCAGGUGCUGGAACGAGGCCAGUGGGCGAACAAGAUGGAGUUCCUGUUGGCUUCUGCUGGAACACUCGUUGGGCUGGGAAACCUUUGGAGGUUUCCCUAUUUGUGUUUCAAAAAUGGAGGAGGUGCUUUUCUGAUUCCCUACAUCCUGUUUCUUCUUGCUUGUGGUAUUCCAAUGUUCCUGCUGGAGACAGCAAUGGGACAGUUCACAUCCCAGGGAUGUAUUACCUGCUGGAGAUACUUUUGCCCCUUGUUUGAAGGCAUUGGCUAUGCAACCCAAGUUGUGAUUGCAUAUGCAGCUGUAUCAUACAUUGUCAUCCAGGCGUGGGCUUUCUUCUACCUCUUCUCCUCCUUCAGGGCUGAGGUUCCCUGGGCCAGCUGCAAGAACGACUGGAAUACAGAAUCCUGUGUUGAAUUUGACAAAGCAAACACGUCAUCCAAUUGGAGUGCAGCUGCGAAUGCAACAACGCCUGCAACUGAAUUCUGGGAGAGACGAGUCCUGGGUAUUUCUCAGGGGAUUGAGCAGAUUGGUAGCUUGAGGUGGGAAUUGGCCUUGUGUCUGUUACUGGCUUGGAUCCUGUGCUACUUUUGUGUUUGGAAAGGUGUAAGAUCCACUGGAAAGGUGGUUUACUUCACAGCAACAUUUCCUUAUGUCAUGUUGGUGGUUCUUUUGGCUCGCGGUCUCAGCUUGCCGGGAGCUAUGGAUGGUUUAGCUUUCUACUUGUAUCCAGACCCCUCCAGGUUGGUGGACCCUCAAGUUUGGAUGGACGCUGGAGCACAAGUUCUUUUCUCUUUUGGGAUUUGUCAGGGAAGUUUGACAGCUCUGGGCAGCUACAACCGAUUUAACAACGACUGUUACAAAGACACUUUUGGUCUGUGUUUGGUCAAUGGUGGAUCCAGCUUUGUGGCAGGGCUCGCCAUCUUUUCUGUUCUGGGUUUUAUGUCUUAUGAACAAGGACUGCCAAUAUCUCAGGUGGCUGCUUCAGGACCUGGCUUGGCUUUUAUCGCAUAUCCUCGUGCAGUAGCCAUGAUGCCUUUACCUCAGCUGUGGGCCGUGUGUUUCUUCAUCAUGGUGAUCCUGUUGGGAGCAGACACACAGUUUGUUAGUCUGGAGUGCUUGAUGACCUCUGUCACAGAUAUGUUCCCCUUAGUGUUUCGAAGAACUUACCGCAGAGAGCUGCUGCUGCUUUUUCUCUGCACUGUUUGCUUUCUCCUCGAUCUUCUUCUUGUCACAGAGGGGGGCUUGUAUUUCCUUCAACUUUUCGAUCACUAUGUUUGUAGUGGCAGCAAUCUUCUCCUUCUUUCAACAUGUCAGUCACUUGCAAUUGGAUGGAUAUAUGGUGGAGAUCGGCUGUAUGAUAACAUAGAAGACAUGAUAGGAUAUCGCCCCGGGCCUCUCAUAAAGAUUUGCUGGUUAUUUGUAACCCCCACAGUCUGCCUGGGCACGUUCAUCUUUUCAGUAGUGAGAUACAGACCUCUGAAGUUUAACAAAACCUACAUCUAUCCGUCCUGGGCCUACAUUCUGGGAUGGACGCUUGGACUCCUCUGUGUUAUUAUGGUUCCUCUGUGGAUCAUCUUUAAAAUGUCUCAGAUGGAAGGGACAUUAAAACAGAAACUCAAGCAGCUCUGUGUCCCUGAAAUCCCACCAAACAGCAAAGUGAAUCAACCAGAAGAAUAUCCUCUCAACCCGGACAACACGGCGGCUGCCAGUGACUGCAAGGGCAGCAGUGAAGCAGAGGUGGAAAUGCAAGUGUGAUGACUGAGCAGCCUUCCUUUUAAAAGCAACACCUUCAACCUUUUUUUGUCAUUUCAAAAGAACAUUAUAUUUUGAAGACGAUCUUUAAAUUGUUGUCUUCAAUUUGCCUUAAAAUCGGUCAGGGCUUCCUGUUGUAAACGUACACAACAUGUGCAAGGGACUGAAAAGAACCGGUUUAUUAUUUUUAACCUUUUUUCUAAACCAAAAUCGGUUUAUAAUUGGCAUAAAAAGCACAACAGAUGACCUAAUGAUUGUUAGUGUAAAUAGAAAAACUACUAUCAUCUACAAGAACACAUAAGAUAUGAUGUCACUGUAUGCAUUUUACUGUGUUGUUGUAUGUAGAUUACGUGUUAAUGUGAGUUUACGCUCCAUUAUGUGAAAGUGUCUGUUGCUAUAGAUGUAACUUUGAACUUCAUCAAUGUACCUCCAGCCCGACAGCCUCAUGAUGAUACGACACACAGAGAUUCUGUGAGUGAUUCUAUAUCAAAUGUCCUGCUUGGAGUAAACAUUAGUUUUUGUAGAAAGUAAACUUUUUCUGACCAGUUCCACAGUUCUGUUGACAAGUUUUGUUGAACUAUUCCAGUCUCUGAAUGUUACGUCUUUUAUUACACGGGUUUACCUUUUUCUACACAAAACAUAGAAGCUUCUGUGAUUAUCUGAAUAGGAGAGAAAAUAGAACUGUAAAAUAAACGUUUGUACAGCAAAAGAAUGACCAUAAUAAAAAAAAGCUCCACAGCA